CCACAGUUUUUCCACCGGCCCUUAACAACGGUGCAUGGUGUUUAUUUGCGGAAGGUAAAAGUGUCACGUUUCUCUCACACCGCACGAGAAUCAUUGACGCCGGUUGCAUACGAAAAUCUGGAAAAGGAAUCUUUAGAAUAGUCAUUUUAAUAAAGAUCGCUCAUCAAAAUAAAGUUAAGCGACGCCGUAAAAAUGUCAACGGAAGAACAGCCGAAUCUUCGACUACAACCAGAUCUUAACAUCAGUUAUCCAAUUCAGGUCCUUUAUUGUGGAAAUUGUUCCCUUCCUAUCGAGUACUGCGAGUAUUAUCCUGAGUACGACAAAUGCAAGCAAUGGCUGGAGAGAAAUCUGCCUACCGAAUUUGAAAAAGUAAAACUAGCUGUGGAGGAUGGCUCUGUAGAAGCUGGAGGUGGUGAAGAUGAGAAAAAGCGACAGAAGCGUGGUGGUAAAGGUAUGCUGAAGACUAAGAAGAAGGAGGAUGUACCACGAUUGGUAACUGUCUCCAGGGCACCCAGAGGAAAAAAGAAAUCUGUCACUGUUGUGACUGGCCUCAGUACUUUCGACAUAGACUUGAAAGUAGCAGCAAAAUUCUUUGGUAGCAAAUUUGCCUGUGGCUCUAGUGUGACUGGAGAUAAUGAGAUCGUCAUACAGGGAGAUGUCAAGGAUGAUCUGUUCGAAGUGAUACCAGAGAAGUGGCCACAAAUCGAUGAAGACUCGAUAGAUGAUCUUGGUGAUCAAAAAAGAUAAUAUGGUUGCCUAUAUCAUACAUACAUGCUUGUAUUUAAUAUUAUAUUUCCAUUUGUGUUUACUAUAUAAAUAAAAUAUUGUACA